AUGUCGGUCAAAACAGUGGGCUACAUUGGCCUCGGCAAUGCUGGCGCUUCCAUGGCCUCCAAUAUACCACGAGCGGGCUUUAGGCUAGUCGUGCGCGAUGCUGAUGCUGCACGGGAGCAGAAAUUUGCCGCGGAGAAUCCCAAUACGACAAUCGCGGAAAAGGGGCCAUCAGGCUUCAAGGACUGCGAUGUCGUUGUCACAAUGUUGCCGCAGGGUAAGGUUGUGCGGGAAGUAAUAUUAGGAGAGGAUGGCAUUGCUAAAGGACUCAAGCCUGGAACUAUAAUCGUCGAUACAUCUUCAUCAUCGCCAUUUGACACGCAAAGUCUUGGAAAAGAUUUGGAAGCCCAAGGCUUCCUACUAGUCGACUCGCCAGUCACACAGGCUCAUCUCCAUGACACAGAUACUGGCGACGCGACACUUAUGGUCGGAUCAGACUCUCAGGAAGCCAUUGACAAGGUCUUACCAGUUCUGCAAGCCAUGGCAAAAUAUGUAUUCCACAUGGGCAAGCUCGGAUCAGGGCAUGUGAUGAAAACCCUGAACAAUUAUACCAGUGCAGCCUCGAUCAUUGCGCUUUCUGACGCUCUGGUGACGGGGCAGAAGUUCGGCCUCGAUCCAGUCCAAAUGAUCGACGUGCUGAAUGUAGGCACCGGUCGCAAUUUCUCCACAUCGGACAGCUACGCCUCAGAUGCCUUGCCAAGACGAUAUGCAUCAGGUUUCCAGCUUGCUUUGUUAAUCAAGGACGUCGGUAUCUCUAAGGAGGUGUUCGAAAAACUGCAAUUUGACACCGACAUGCCCGAUCUGAUUUUGAGGUAUUUCAAGGAAGCGGCGGCGAUUGUGAAACCCGAUGCAGACCAUACCGAAUUACUGAAGAGCUGGGAGAAGCGAGCCGGGUUGGAAUUGAAGACUGGGACUCCUGAUGGAUCGACGGUGAGCGCGUUGAAAAAAUAG